AUGAGACGGGGAAUGAAUGGAAAUGGGGGCUGCAGGGCACUGGAAAUUAGCACUGGGCGCUUCUGGGAGAGCCAACCGGCGGAGGUGGAGGGCAGUACCCGGGGUGCCAGCGGGUCAACACUUACCGAGGAUCAGCAGCACGUUCCGGGGGCGCGCCCGAUGCACACAACAGAGACCCACAGAGAUCAGCAGGACCCAGCAGACCUGCCCGGAGCUUCGCAUGGUGGCGGCUCCAGCCUGGCCCCCCGCCCCGGCUCCCGGCCCCGCGGUCACGUGAGCACCAGGGCCGCUCCGCCCCGCCCUCGGUCACGUGUACACCAGGCCCGCCCAGGCCCCGCCCCCGCUCCCGCUCCCCCUCCCUCUCCGGUUUCUGCAGACCCGCUGCGGAGACGACGGGAAACCCGGAGCUGCAGAGACAACGGGAGAUCCGGAGCAGUGGCGUCCGACAUGUCGCCUCCUAUGUCUCCUAUGAAGCCACCCAAGGGCUUUGCCCCUAUGUCCUGCUGCUGGUCCACUGAGACCAUGCAGAAGUGGCUACCUUUCCUGGGCUGGCUGCCUGACUACACCUGGUACGCCCUGAAGAUGGACUUCAUCGCUGGGAUCUCAGUCGGGCUCACAGUCAUUCCCCAGGCGCUGGCCUAUGCCGAGGUGGCUGGACUCCCUCCCCAGUACGGCCUCUACUCUGCCUUCAUGGGGUGCUUCGUAUAUUUCUUUCUGGGCACCUCCCGAGAUGUGACUCUGGGCCCCACGGCCAUCAUGUCCCUCCUGGUCUCCUUCUACACCUUCCACGAGCCUGCGUACGCUGUGCUGCUGGCUUUUCUGUCAGGCUGCAUCCAGUUAGGCAUGGGGUUCCUGCGCUUAGGGCUCCUGCUGGACUUCAUCUCCUGUCCCGUCAUUAAAGGUUUCACCUCGGCUGCUGCCAUCAUCAUCGGCUUCGGGCAGAUCAAGAAUCUGCUGGGACUGCAGCACAUCCCCAGGCAGUUUUUCCUGCAAGUGUAUUACACUUUCCACAACAUCGGAGAGACCAGGGUGGGCGAUGCAGUGCUGGGGCUGGUCUGCAUGGUGCUACUGCUGGUGCUGAAGCUGAUGCGGGACCACGUGCCUCCUGUCCAUCCCGAGAUGCCCACCGGAGUACGGCUCAGCCAUGGGCUGGUUUGGACUGCCACCACAGCUCGCAACGCCCUGGUGGUCUCCUUUGCUGCCUUGGUCGCAUACUCCUUCCAGGUGACCGGAUACCAGCCUUUUGUUCUAACUGGGAAGACACCUGAGGGACUCCCUGAUGCCCACAUCCCUCCCUUCUCAGUGACCACUGCCAAUGGGACAAUCUCCUUCACCGAGAUGGUACAGGGAAUGGGGGCCGGGCUGGUCGUGGUACCCCUGAUGGGUCUCCUGGAGAGCAUCGCAGUGGCCAAAUCCUUUGCAUCUCAAAAUAAUUACCGAAUUAACUCCAACCAGGAGCUGCUGGCCAUCGGCUUAACCAACAUCCUCGGCUCCCUCUUCUCCUCCUACCCGGUCACAGGCAGCUUUGGACGGACGGCUGUGAAUGCCCAGUCUGGAGUGUGCACCCCAGCGGGGGGCCUGAUGACAGGAGCUCUGGUGCUGCUGUCGCUGGACUACCUGACCUCGCUCUUCUACUAUAUCCCCAAGUCUGCCCUGGCUGCCGUCAUUAUCAUGGCUGUGGUCCCCCUGUUUGACACCAAGAUCGUGAGGACGCUCUGGCGAGUGAAGAGGCUGGACCUGUUGCCCCUCUGUGUGACGUUCCUGCUCUGCUUCUGGGAAGUCCAGUACGGCAUCCUGGCAGGCACCCUGGUGUCUGUGCUGAUUCUCCUGCACUCCGUGGCCAGACCCAAAAUACAGGUGUCAGAGGGUCCAAUGCUAGUCCUGCAGCCGGCGAGUGGCCUGCACUUCCCUGCAAUUGAGACCCUCCGAGAGGCAUUGCUGAGCCGGGCUCUGGAAACAUCCCCGCCGCGCUCCGUGGCCCUGGACUGCACCCACAUCUGCAGCAUCGACUACACGGUGGUGCUGGGGCUUGGGGAACUCCUGGAGGACUUCCACAAGCGGGGUGCCACCCUUGCCCUCAUCGGCCUGCAGGUCCCUGUCCUCCGUGUCCUGCUGUCUGCUGACCUGAAGGGAGUCCUGUACUUCUGCACCCUGGAAGAAGCAGAGAAAUACCUGAAGCAAGAACCAGGGACCCAGCCCUAUAAUGGCAGCGAAGACUCAGUUCCGGAACACAAGAUUGCCCUGCUGAAGGCCUGAGUGGGCUGCCAAGGGGUGCCCGACAUCAGAGGGUCUCCCGGAAGGUUCUUGUCACUGUGAUGCCAGAUGCCGCCUUGCAGAUGGAUCUGAGAAACCUGAGCAGGUGACCCGGAGGAGGGGGAGGGCAAUGGUGUGGAGUCCACAGGUGGGACUCACCCCUUCUUCUGAGGUGACUGAAAAGGUACCCCCCUGCUCUUCCCUGUAUGUGAACUCUUUUUUUAAAAGAGUGGUUAGGAGAGAACCUUCUAGAAUGGCAGACCAGGUGAGAAAGGAAAGGGUGGGGAUUUCAGCAUGGUCUAGGAGACGGCCCUCUUCUCGCCCCAGCGCCUUCCUGGAUUUCGGGGGAAACGGGGAGGGCGGGCAUCUCUCAGGUGGGUUCCCUUCUUGAUGGCGGCGGCUGUGCUGUUGUUGAGAGGAAAACCAAGGUUUGCCAAAAGACUUAAAAGUGUCUAUGAGUAACUUUGUUGUGUUUUCUAAAUUAAAAAAACUGAUAGCUUUGGUGUUUUUGUAAAAUCCAUACAUGCUUAUUGUAAAAACUACCGGAAAUCUUUCCCUCCCCCAUCCACUUUGGCGAUAGCUCCCGACCUCCGACCUCCACUGUACACGUACGUGUGUGUACUUAGCAUGUGGAUGUGUGUUUACAGUCAUGUA